CCCUCACACUCGUUCACCACCACACCACACCACCCCACCCCACCCCAUCCGCCCUAGCUUUCUUUCCCUUCACACGCUCGCUGGCCUCGACGCCUUAGCUUCUCCUUGCUUCCACUUCGCCCUCAGGAGAGCAGCGCUGCGUGCACUAGUAAUUCCAACUUCACCACUCUGUUUCCGACUUGCUGGUCAAGCAUUCUCCCGCCGCCGCCGCCGCCGCCGCCGCCUGCCUCAGGACGACGCCUGUACUAUACUUCUGCCACCGACUCCCAGCGAACAGGAAGAGCGCCAUCCUCGUUGUCUGCUGUCCCCGCCGACGAACCGCCGCAGACGUCCACCACCCCGACCUCCUUUCCCGCCAAGACGAGCCAUUGGACAUAUCCUCCCGCCAUCAAGACCACAUCGAACACGUCGAACGCGCCAUCUGCAUGAACUCCUCCCGAGUCCUCACGAGUCCUGUAAGCAGGCCUCAGCCGGAUCUCCUAUUCUUAAAGGCACUUCGCGGCAUCGGCCUCGCCGCCACAAUAUUUCACGCACGAGCAUGAAGUUGGACAACAUGCUCCCCUACAGAGCAUUGCCGCUCGGAGUGGCUCUGCUCCGCGCCGCCUCAGUAGCCGCUGACGCUCUGUCGCAAACGUACUGUUCAAGUCAAAAUACUGCAGACGAUUCGACAUAUGUGAGCGACAUAUAUCAGUCCAACGGCCUCUGCUACGACACAUGUAAAGCCAGCUACGCGUUUGCCGUCGUUCAGUACCAGUCUUGUUGGUGCUCAAACUACAUUCCAGCAGACCAGGAAAGCAUUGGCUCCUGCAACCAAGAUUGUCCCGGCUACCCAUCAGAGAAAUGCGGCAACCAAGAAAGCGGUCUCUACGGAUACGUCGCACUACCUAACAAACCAUCUGGCACUGCAGGAGCGUCCAGCGCAAGCAGCAUAAAAUCAUCGAAACAGACGAGCACUGUGAGUAUUAGUAUAACGGUGACGCCGAGUCCGGAAGUCUCAGUCUCCUACGUUACUCGCACGCCGACUACUAGCUCCAUCACAUCAUCGACCACAUCCAGCACCACCACCGAAACUGCAGCCGCUGUGGUGCCAGUCACAAGCGUCAUCAGGACGGUCAUUUCCGGAGCGAUAGUAACGCAGACCGUAACUUCCACGCCUGUGGCCGCGGGUGGUGCGAACCAGGAAUCCGAAAAGCUUCAUUUGCAUCGGAACGACAGCCUUUCGGGUGGCGCCAUUGCCGGCAUUGUCAUCGGUGUACUCGCUGCAUUGGCUCUGCUCGGCCUCGGUGCCUUCCUUCUCUGGCGACGAAAACGAAGACAAGACGGCGAAGAAUCUGGCAACGGCAAUGCCAAGAAUUUGGGUCGUAAUGUGAGCGUCCUUAGUAAAGCCGGUCUCCUCGCACGUAACAACACACGCCCGAGCAUGGGUGAACGGGACCACGACGACAACAUAUACCAAACGGGUCAGAACAGCGUUCGACAUUCGAUGAUGUUCGGCCCUGGUGCUGCAGAAGGCGUCUCUCCUGUCAGUCCGCUUGGCAGUAGCGAUGGCAGCAGCCACAGCAGGAGAAUGUCGAAACCUAUGGUCUACGACCAACGGCUGAAUCCAUCAGCGCUGUUCGCGAACCAAGAAGCGAACGGCAGUCGAAUCUCCAUGCAGGAUGCACAGGAUUAUACACGCCCGCUCGGCGUCGUGAACCCGGACGUACGACCCAGCUUCGAAUCACGAGUAUCGCACGCAUAGCAUGCGCACGAAAGCGAGUAACACAGUCUCUACCCCACCCUACCACUUUUACAUUUUCUCUACGCUUUUACCGACAUUACAUUCACGACUUGACGCACAUACAUUUGGGCAUUUAGCGGGACGGCGUUAUCGGUGAAGGAAGAAAGAAAGGUUUGCUGUGGCCGAAAGGCCCGCAUCACUUUCUAGGGCGGCCAAACUGUGUGCAGUCAUCACAUCGAAACCACCCUUUACAUCCGCCGAGACACACUACUUCUUUCUGGCACAUGAUUCACACACGUUCACUAUUUUUGACGAGAGGAUGAGAGGGAAACCGGAGGGAGACAGGCAAAGGAAUCAGUCAUUCACAUGUUGAUGUCCUUUGAGGAGAUACAGAAGCGACCAAACACAACCAGCGCAGAUAAGACAUUGCCGAGUAGACGGAAUGCUGAAAAGGGAACAAAGGUACUUGGAGGAGGUUUUGGGACGCUACGUAACUAUGUCGGUAUGAAAUGGUUACCACGCAUUCUCUUCAC